AUGGAUCUAUCCUUGAAUGAUCCACUGCAGACUUUGGACUAUAUGAUACCCUUCAGAGCAAUACAAGACCUCUCGACAACUGUCCACCGAUUCCAAACCUCUUUAAAAACUCUUAUUCCAGAGAUCACACCGCAGCAGAAGAGAGCAGAAUCAGGAGAGGCCACAGAAUUGGGCCAUCAAGACGGACAAGCAGAUCGCUUCUCGAACGCAAAGUCACGCAAAGGCAUGGCAGACUCGUCUUCGGCAACAAAACUUCUGGCCAUUACCAGCAGAUCACCAUCCCCCUUCAACGGCAAACCCUCGAUCGCCGCAGCUGCAAUCCUAGGGGUCAUCACCUUUGCAGCACUCCUCUUCCUUGCCAUAUGGUACAUUCGACACAGACGAAGACGCCGACAACACAAACUGGUGGCUCAAAACCAAGACUUUGGCCAGUCCGAAAUAACCCUCGCCGAAGACACGAGCAAGACCCUGGAUGACUUUCUCAUGAAGGAUGUCCCGCUCGCACGAACCUCUCUCAUGUUCAGUCGCAGCCGGUCGCCCUCCAUCACAUUCGUCGUUGACGAGGCGGAGCAUCCGGGCUUGAACAAACAGGGUCGGAAUAGCUACGCCGCUUCGAGCAAUAGCCUGACCAAAUUCGAAACCUUGACUCGUAUAUCGACGGAUGGACCGAGGCCGAGUCUGCUUUCCUCGGAUUUGACGACUACCACAGCGUCCCAGAGCACGUCGGCCAACUCCUCAUCCAAGCCGGCGUCUACCAGCUCUGCCACGCCACGAGCAUCGAUGUCAUCAUCACAGCUGUGGACGACUAUCACCAGUUCUACGGAUUGUCCCUCCACAACCACCCCGAACCCUCCAUCAACCGCAACACCGACAACCCGCUCAUCCCAGGUAUGGACUACAACUACCGGUUCAACCGAGACCGGCUCCAUGACCAGUCGCGAGACUCAGUCUCGUCUGUCGAACGCCUCGCGGGCUUCGAGUCGAUUGUCUACGCAGGGUGGUGCGCGGUUGAGCAAUGCUGGGAAUACGAGCUUGAGGCGAUAUCAUGCUCGCUCGGGGAGUCGCUCUUCGCAGAAUACCGUUGUUUUGUCUUCGACUGCUGAGUUGGAGUCUAGCGAUUCGGGUCAAGUGCCUUCUAUUCCGUCGACUCCAUCGCCUCUGUUCCGCUUUUCUGAGGAAGCGGGUUGA